AUGACCCUGAUGACAUCUGUUUUCGCCAAUGAAAUCAAUCAUACACAGAGCAGGUACGAACUUUUCAACCUCCGCCAAAAGCAGCGCCCGCUGGAAGUAUUCCUCGAAGAACUGGAAAGAAAGGUCGAAGAGUGUAAUUUCUGCAAAUCAUGCCAGCCAUCGCUACUCGCCUCGUUAUUCAUCAUCGGCCUCGACAACCCCGCAGCAAAACAGCAUGUGUUGCAUCACGGCGCCGAGGCGACUACAACUCAGAAGGCUCUCAAAAUUUGUCGUGACUUCCUGAACGCUAAGAAAAUCGAGUCCCAAAUCAGCGGUACCGCCAUCACUGCCGAGAACGAAUAUCACCAUCUGGAUGCGAUCGACAACCGAAAACCUGCCCGCCGUUCGGCUCCAAGAGUGAUAUGCAAAUCGGGCUGCCGUUUCCAUCCAGAGGGCAGAUGCCGAGCUGCUUCAAUCAGAUGCUUGACCUGCAGAAAACUCGGUCAUUACGCAAACGCGUGCUCAAACAAAGUACAUGAAAUUGAGACGGAGGCAGAGAAUCAAAACCCCGUCAACCUCGACUGUGACGAAAUCCGCAUUUUCUCGCUAAACCUUCACGCAAUCAGUAGUGCCAACCAAGUGUGGUGGCAACAGCGACUCAUCCGGCCAUCUAAUACACCCAUUAACUUCAAAAUCGACACUGGAGCCCAAGUCUCAAUCAUCUCAUGGCAAGAGUUCAAAAAAAUUCGCAACACAGUCCGCCUGACCUCUACCCAGAAAACGAUUGUCUCGUACUCAAAUCAUCGACUCCCGAUUGCAGGAACGUGCGAACUCCACUGCGAGAAACCCGGAGACCCAGGAGUUAAUAGAAUAGUUUUCUAUGUGGUUCACACAAACGGACCACCGAUCCUUGGUCUGCCGGAAUGCAUCGCUCUGAACCUCGUCCAGCGACCAAUUCCGGAUCCCGCACCCGUUCACUCUCUGGAAGACGACCAGCCCCACAUCAUCACCAAGAAUUCCGAUUUGUUCGACGGCAAACUUGGACGCAUCAACGCCCCGCAGGCACUCAGGUUCAAAAGUGGGAGUAAACCACCAUCGAAAAUUUUUCCCCCGCGGAGAGUCCCAAUACGCAUUAAAGACAAGGUCCGAAAACAACUUGUCGACAUGGUCAAUCGGGGCAUCAUUCAGAGAGUGACUCGUCCAACCGAAUACGUCCUUCCUAUCGUAAUCGUGGCCAAGCAGGACGGGGGGCUGAGACUAUGUCUCGAUCCGCGGUAUGUCAACCCUCAUCUCCAGCGGAAGAAUUUCCCAAUGCCAAAGACGGACGAGCUUCUUGCGGCGCUGAGUGGCGCCCAAUACUACACGGUAGUCGAUGGGGACUCGGCUUUCUGGCACCUUCCCCUUGACAGAGAAUCGCGAGACAUCUGCACGUUCGCACCCAGUGGGGAAUUUCCAAUUUAA